AUGGAAAUCAUUCCCGCAAUCGACCUGCGCGGCGGCAACUGCGUCCGGCUGUACCAGGGAGACUAUGACCAGGAGACGGUCUUCUCCGACGAUCCGCUGGGUGUAGCCGAACGAUGGCAGGCUGAGGGCGGUCAGCGCUUGCACAUCGUCGAUCUGGACGGAGCCCACACCGGCAACCCGGCCAACCUCGCCGCGAUUACAGCCAUCACCGGGCGUCUGACGAUCCCGGUACAGGUGGGCGGCGGCAUUCGCAGCGUGGAGACUGCGGCCGGCCUGUUCGAUGCCGGCGCGGCCCGCGUGGUGGUGGGUACCGCCGCAGUCGCCGACCCUCAGUUGGUGGAAGACUUGUGCCGGCGCUUCGGCAGCGAGCGGGUGGUUGUCGCGCUGGACGCGCGGAACGGCUUGGUGGCCAUUCGGGGCUGGACCGAGAUGUCGGAGAUCGGCGCGACGGAGUUGGCCGGGCGGAUGCGCGACCUGGGUGUGGAGCGUCUGCUGUACACCGACAUCUCGCGGGACGGCACCCUGGAGGAACCGAACUACGAGGCCACCGCCGCCCUGGUGCGCGAUAGCGGGAUGCGCGUGCUGUCGGCCGGCGGUGUGGGCGCGGCAGCGCACGUGGUGAGGCUGAUCGAUACCGGCGCCGAGGCGGCCAUCAUCGGGCGCGCCCUCUACACGGGUGAUAUCACCGUGGCCGCGGCAUUGGCGGCGGCGCGAGGAUAG